AUUGAGAGGAAAAAAUAAAAAAAAUAAAAAAUAAAACUACAACCAGUAUGCUUGCUCAUCUGGGAUAAAACCGUUAAUAUUUGAAAAAUACAUAUAAAAAAGUUGGAUAUACACAAACAUUCUCAACUAAUUUGAAUAAAAUAAGCUGUAUUAGUAUCCGCGUGCUCGAUCACGCAUCACUUUCUUCGAGUCCACUUCCAUGGCAGAUCGGAAUCUAAACUUCAACGCCGCCGCCCAUUUUGUUGAUCUUCGAAGCGGUUUCUGUCCUCAGACGAGGAUUUUCCACAGCCUCCGACCACCGCUCUCACUUCCACCAUUAUCUCAGCCUCUCUCCGUCGCCGAACACGCCCUUUCUCUCCUUCAAUCUUCCCCUCCCCCAGCAAACUCCACCCUUCUCAUCGACUCCAACUCCGGCCUCCAUCUCUCCUACGCCAUUUUCCUCCGUCAAAUUCGAACCCUCGCCUCAAAUCUCAAAGCUCUAACCUCCCUCUCCCAUGGUCAAGUCGCGUUUAUUCUCGCACCGACUUCUCUGCAAGUCCCCGUGUUGUAUUUUGCUCUGUUAUCUCUCGGCGUCAUUCUCUCUCCGGCAAAUCCAACCAGUUCCAAAUCAGAAAUUUCUCAUCAGAUUCGACUCAGUAAACCGGUCAUUGCCUUCGCUACAUCCUCAACGGCGUCCAAACUCCCUGCACUUCGAUUCGGCACCGUCCUGAUCGAUUCACCUCAAUUCCUCUCUAUGAUGACCGAAAUCAACAGACCUGAUACUCUCGCCGACAUCAAAAUCGAUCAAUCCGACUCGGCGGCGAUUCUGUACUCGUCAGGUACAACAGGUCGAGUGAAAGGCGUGUUACUGAGUCAUCGGAACCUUAUUGCGGUGAACGCAGGGCCUAGUGCUCUUCAAUCGGAGAUCAACGAAGGAGAGAUGGAGCCACAUCCGGUUUCUCUGUGUUUGUUGCCUUUGUUCCAUGUUUUCGGAUUCGUGAUGUUGCUUCGAGAGAUUUCACGAGGAGAAACGUUGGUUCUGAUGCAGAGAUUCGAUUUCGAAGGGAUGCUUAACGCAGUGGAGAAGUUUAGGGUUACGUACAUCCCAGUUUCUCCGCCGCUAGUGGUGGCGAUGGCGAAAUCGGAACUGGUGGCGAAAUACGAUCUCAGUUCUCUUCAAAUGUUGGGGUGCGGCGGCGCUCCACUGGGGAAAGAAGUGAUUGAGAAAUUCCAUCAGAAGAUGCCUAGCGUUGAAAUUAUCCAGGGAUAUGGCUUGACAGAGAGUACAGCGGGGGCAGCAAGAACUCUGGGGCCUGAGGAAAGCAGCAACACUAAGUCAGUAGGUCGCCUAUCUGGAAGUAUAGAAGCCAAGAUAGUGGAUCCUGCAUCUGGCGAGGCAUUACCUCCUGACCAUAAAGGAGAGCUUUGGUUGCGAGGUCCAGUAAUCAUGAAAGGUUAUGUUGGAGAUGACAAGGCAACUAAUGAAACCUUGGAUCCAGAUGGAUGGCUAAAGACUGGUGAUCUUUGCUAUUUUGAUUCUGAUGGAUUCCUCUACAUUGUUGAUAGAUUAAAAGAAUUGAUCAAGUACAAGGCUUAUCAGGUCCCACCUGCAGAAUUGGAACAUUUGCUUCAAUCCAACCCUGAAAUUAUUGACGCUGCCGUGAUACCCUAUCCUGAUGAAGAAGCGGGAGAGAUUCCCAUGGCUUAUAUUGUUAGAAAGCCUGGAAGCAAUAUCACUGAAGCUCAAGUUAUUGAUUUCAUUGCAAAACAGGUUGCACCAUACAAGAAAAUUCGACGAGUUUCUUUUAUUGACGCAAUCACAAAAUCGCCUGCAGGGAAGAUUCUGAGAAGGGAGCUUGCAAAACAUGCUUUAUCUCAUGGUUCUAAUAAGUUGUAAGAACUGAAUGUUUCCAAUUUUCGUGAAAAUGCACAUAGUUUACUACCUCAUAAACUAAGCAGCUUAGUCCCAUAACGAAAUUGUUAUCAAACGAAUCAUAUUCUUUCUUGGCUACUACAGAAGCACUGCUGAAUGAUAGUUGUUUUAAUUUAAAGAACUCUGUUUGAUUCUGUAUGAACCAUCCUUUAUGGAAAUGAAUGAAAAGUAGAUGUAAAUAAUUUCUGUUGUA